AUGGGGGAUAUGUAUAAAAGACUCUUUAGUGGGUGGUGUUUUUGUUCUAACUCAGCUUAUCAUCAGAAUGGCAGAAUCAUAAUAGCAUGGAAUGCUCUAUCAUUCCAUGUCAAUAUUCUAGCUAUGUCAGCUCAAGUAAUACAUUGUAUGGUUGAAGGGGUGAGUAGUAAAACAAAAUUCUUCUGUACAUUUGUUUAUGCAUUCAAUCAGGCUGAUAGAAGGGAGGGUCUAUGGAAGGAUUUGGUGACUUUUGAAUCACAGAUAAACUUACCAUGGAUUGUAUUAGGUGAUUUUAAUUGUAUGAUGAAUAGAGAGGAAAAAAUGGGUGGGAAUGUGAGAGAAGCUGAGCUGUUGCCCCUGAGAGAAUGUGUAGCUAGGUGUGGUUUGAGUGAUCUCAAAUCUACUGGAGCAUACUACACCUGGAAUAAUAAACAAGAGGGUGAGGCCAGAGUGUUUAGUAAGCUGGAUAGGGCUUUAUGUAAUGACAAAUGGCUGGAGAUGUUUCCUACCUCUGAAGCUUGGUUCAUGCCAGAAGGGUUGUUUGAUCAUAGCCCAAUCUUAGUAAGAGUUCAUAAGGAAAUAGUGCAGGGGAACAAGCCUUUUAAAUGCUACAAGAUGUGGAGUAAAGCUCCUGAUUUUCAGAGAAGGGUUAGGGAUGCAUGGUCCACAAAUGUUACAGGUACUGCAAUGUUCUGUGUAGUCCAGAAGUUGAAGCAGGUGAAGAAGGAAAUGAAGAUGCUGAAUAAGGAAGGGUUUGCAAACAUUCAAACUGCUGAUGCUCAGGCCCAUGAAAAGUUACUGGAGUGUCAGAGGAAGCUCUUGGAAAAUAAUGAUCUGAUCAACAGAGAGAAGGAGUCAAAGGCUGCAGAUGAUUAUAGGAGAAUUCAUGAGAAUUUUCUCUCUUUCUUGAGACAAAAAGCAAAACUGGAAUGGAUGGCUCAAGGUGAUGAGAACAGUGCUUUAUUCCACAGAGCUAUCAAGCAGAGAAGACUUCACAAUACAAUAUAUGGCAUUCAUGCUAGCUCUGGAGUUUGGCAAGAGAAUGAAAGAGUGAAUGAGGCUUUUAUUGAGUAUUACAAGAACUUACUGGGUACAGCAAAGGAGCAAGGGGCUAGAAUAAGUCAGGAGAUCAUGGAGAGAGGCAAAUUUCUUACUGAAGAGCAUCAGCAUAGUCUAUUGGAGCCUGUGACAGGUGAUGAAAUCAAGAGAGUUUUAUUCUUUUUACUGGAGAAAAAUCCCCUGGUCCUGAUGGGUUUGGAACCCACUUUUUUAGAGACUCAUGGCAUAUUGUGGGGAAUGAAGUAA